AUGGUAAGCACCCGAAGCCAAAAAAACAAGGAAAAGAAGCCUGACUUAUCCAAGCCAAUAAAAGCUGAAAAGGUGUCUACAGAUAAGAAAAAAUCUCAAACAAAACAAGUGAAAAAUCAAGCAAAAGAAGAAAAGAAAAAAGAAAAAGAGACUGUCCAAAAUGAUCAGAAAACAGCAUCAUCUCAAGUAACCGUGAAAAAUCCGAAGCCAAAACAAAAAGAACCGAAAAAACCAGCUAAAAUGCUAGGCUAUACCGCAGAUCAAUAUGCAAAAUACAAAGAAUUAAUACAGGAAAAUAAAGAUAAAAGCAAUGAAGCACUUAAAGAGAUCUUAAGGAAAAAUGAGCAAAAGGUAUCAGGGUCUAAGUAUGAAUUGGCUGACAGAGUUGCUGAUGGAAUGGUACUCGGAGCUAUCCCGAAAUGUCCAAAUUGCGGAGGUGGAAGGCCGAAAUUUGACUUUAUGAAAGGAACUUAUUAUUGCCCUGGGUAUAGAGACGAUGUAGAUUUUGUAAACUGCCACAAGACAUACACCCUUGAUCAACUUCCCAGAAAUUCAUGGGUUUUAUAG